UUAAUCAAUGAUUCUAAAUUCCCCUCUUUAACUUCCCAACACGAGAAUUUCUUCUUCGCCUUCUGCCAGUGGCUUCCAUGGCUUCUUUUGCACCUUGCUCCACAUUCUUCAACAGUUUCUCACCAGCCAAACACAACCCUUCUGCAAGUUCUUCGGCUUUUCUCGCUCCUUCCUUAACAUUCUCCACUGGGUCAUCGAAUUCCAUGUUUUUGAGAAGUGGGUUUUCUCAGAACCCUCCGAUGAAUCCUGGGUUUCAAUCCAAAUCCCGGUCCUUUGGUGUUUACGCAAGAGCUUCUGCAGAGAAGACAGUUCACGAUUUCACCGUAAAGGACAUAGAUGGGGAAGAUGUUUCUUUGAGAAAAUUCAAGGGAAAAGUUCUGUUGAUCGUUAAUGUCGCUUCAAGAUGUGGUCUUACAACAUCAAACUAUUCGGAGCUUUCACAUGUGUACGAGAAAUACAAAACUCAAGGAUUCGAGAUUCUAGCCUUCCCUUGCAAUCAGUUCGGUGGGCAAGAACCCGGUUCAAACACAGAGAUCAAGCAGUUCGCUUGCUCCCGGUUUAAGGCAGAGUUCCCCAUAUUCGAUAAGGUGGAUGUCAAUGGACCGAGUACAGCACCCAUCUACCAGUUCCUGAAAUCAAACGCAGGAGGAUUCUUUGGUGAUCUCAUCAAAUGGAACUUUGAGAAGUUCUUGAUCGACAAGAACGGAAAAGUUGUCGAGAGGUACCCUCCCACGACAUCGCCUUUCCAAAUCGAGAAGGACAUUCAGAAGCUGCUUGCGGCGUGAAGUUACUGUUAUUUAUAAGCAUAGAGAUCUGCGGUAACAAGUAAAAAAACUUCGAAAAAAAAUUGAGAGUGACGGUAAAUUUUCCGGUCAUGGUUCUUCUGGAACGUGUAAUCUUUCAAGAACCGCGUUGUACGUUGAUUAAACAUAUAUAUUACAAGUAAUAAUUUGCAUGCAAUGA